AUGAAACGAGAGCCUCCGACGCUUGUCUGCGUCGUAUCUGACGUCAAACAUGAAGUGGCGCAGUUGCCGGAGGAAGGAUGCGACUACCUGAUCUACCAGAGCGUCAUCUACAAGAACAACGAGACGUUCGUGCCGCGCUUCAAUAAGAUAGAGUUCUUCAACCGCUUCGCGUCUGCGAAGUCGCAUAACGAAGAUGCGAAGUACCUGGUUGCCCUGGACACUGGUGAGUUUAUGCGUCACCACACGGGCGUCGCACAAGGCGACCAGUGGUUCACGCGCUUCGUUGGCCAGCUGGUCCUGUUCCUCGAGGAGAACUCUAUGGACGGCGUGGCUCUGGUCGAGAUGCCUCUCACCUUGGCCGAUCUCGACCGAUUGACGCCUUCGCUGGCGGCCAUGCGCCGCUACAUCGCCCACUUCGGAUACCUGUAUCUGCUGGGAGUGACUGUGCGUGGCUCUGGAAACACCAGCAUCGCCGCCACGCUGCCGCGGAUCGCCGCAUUGUCUAGGUUGGCCGAUGUAGUGGUGCUCGAGAGUCACCUAGUGGCGGAAGAGAUGUCCGCCAGCGCCGCCAAGAAUGGCAGCUGCACCAUUCAUUUUCCCAGUUCAGCGCACGCAUCCGCACUGGGCGGCGGGCUUAGCAUGUCGCUGGACGAGGCGGGUCGCAUCCUGCGUCGACUCGAGCGUGCUCCUCUCACAAAGACGGAAGAGGAACACGAAGAAAACGAGGCGCUUCUUUGUUUCUCGGUCACCCUGGCCGCCUUUAGGUUCCGUGUGGACAACCACACUAAGGGCUUGCCCGGGCAAGUCUGCAGUGGCUUCGACGUGGUGCCAUUUCGAGAGACCUGUAUACCCUCCCAGCAUAACAACUUGUCCGAAGAGAAGGUCUCCGAGUCUGCGCGCUCAUCAUAUCGGGUGGCUCCCGGCGCAGUUUUCACUUUCGACUCGGUCAAAGACAUCGAACAUAAACUGCUGUCCACCGUGCAUGGACUUACUUGCGGAGCCGUCUACGCUGUCAACUUUGACGAGCCCGAACCCGUGUGCUCUGCAUCGGCUGGAAUCAAGGCAUUCCCUCGCUUACAAGCAGUGAUCAAUAGCAUUGCCGUCGCUUCCACAGCUGAAGAGGAGGACGCUGGUGACUCUACAACGUUGUCGGUGGCGCCUACGAAGAAAAGAGCUUCCCAGGCGGCGAAUGCGACCGGAGAGGGGAUAACAGCCAGUACGGCGACGCUGAAACCUGGAAAGGACGGCGAGAAGAGGUUAAUCUGCACGGUGGCCAACGUGACAAGCGAGUUCCUGCAGUCCGAUGGCUGGAAAGUCUGCAGUCAUCUCGUGUUUACGAGCCUCAGCUAUGAUCACAACUCGUCAGGCCUUGUUUCGAAAGACGGCAAGUAUUGGCUGUGCCACCUUCUGUCUAGAGUAGCGAUCAGAGACGAGCAUGACUUGAAGAGCCAUUUGUUGGCUAUGGUUCGCCGCUUUGCAGAAGAGAGUCUGAAUGCUUUCCUCGCCCUGAGGAACUACUCGAAGGUGAAGCUUGCAGUGGAGCUCGACAUUGGGGAAAUGCUCGAAUCCCAGCUGAAUGCAGAGACCGAGCAAGUUGCGGUGGCGACGCUCUUCUGGAUGCACAAGCACGGCCUGGAGAGACUGGCGCUGUUUGUUAGGAAUCCUGGCUAUUCCAGGACGCAUAUGCAAAGACUCAUAUCGCUGACCAAGAUGUUCCGAACAAGUCUGCGGAAGGUGUUUGCUGAUCAAAUUAGAGAACUCAUAAUAGGUGUACCACUACACAGAAAAGUUCCUGUCACAGAGCUGCUACAAUACGCCGACACCAUCAUCUACAUUACACACCAUUCCGUUCCAAGUGACAACUGCGUGGUCCUUUUUCCAUCUACCUUCGAAGCAAAUUUCAGCUUCUCCGACUUGGAACGGGGAGACCUGCUGCCCCCUGAUGCCACAGACGCUGUCAAAACGAAGCGCUUUUGCGUCUCCAUCAGCAUGGCUGUGCUCCGUUUUCUCGUCAAUGACCACAUCGCCAGCGCGGCGAACAGCACCUGCUUUGGCGAGAGCUGGGUCUCCUACGAACAGAUCUGCCUUGAAGGAGAAGCGGCAGCGACGUACGACGUGGAGUCUAUGGCCGUUCUAAAGCAAGACGACAACUACGCUUUUACGUUCGAAAAUGAAGAGUCGCUCCACUUGAAGGCACAGCGUAUCGUGGACCUACUCGGCGCCAGAGCCUGCGUGGCUGCGUUUCACGUGGAGUACGAUGCAGGUCGUAACGCGUGUGCUGCCCUGAAUCACUCCAGCUCCCGACUGACGGAGUUGGCUUCGGCAUUGCACGAUAAAGAACACAAGCUGACUACUUCAAAGCCGUCACCGGAAGGUUCGACACUCCCGCAUCGCGAAGGACGUGCGGGCCAGGCUUCGCUGCACGGCGGAUUCUUGAUCUGCAUCUUAUCCGAAAAGCCACCGAGUCCUAUCCAGCUGCCCCAGCGCGCUUGCAGCCUCACAGUGUACCAGCACGUCUUUUACGACAGAACCAGCGACCGCGUCAUGCCCAGAGAUGAACAACAUGAGCACUGUGAGACAGCUGGUUGUCUUGGGUAUUCCUCGCACCGACGACCAACUCAUCUUAAAUCGAUUUGCUCCACUCGUGGACGUGAUCGUGUUCAUGACCCAUCACACCGGUCCUACCAAGCCGUGCCGUGUCACCUUUCCAUCCAGCCGCGUGAUGAUGCUCGACAGUUCCAUCUUCUUGAGGCUGGUGAGGGGUUCUUUAAGGGGCCCCUGAACAACCUCUGA